AUGCCCAUUGGGAUGUCUCCAUACAUAUUGGUUUUCAGGAAAGCUUGUCACUUGCCAGUUGAACUCGAGCACAAGGCUUAUUGGGCAAUCAAGAAGCUUAAUUUCGAUUUUCAAGCUGCUGGACAAAAAAGGCUUUUGCAAUUAGAUGAGCUUGAGGAGUUGAGAAACGAGGCUUAUUUGAAUGCUCAAAUUUACAAGGAAAGAACCAAGCGUUGGCAUGAUAAAAACAUCCUGCGAAAAGAGUUCUAUGUUGUAUUACAAGUCUUUCCUCAUGGGGCAGUUGAAGUGCAAAAUCUGGAGACCGGGAAUGCAUUCAAAGUUAACGGUCAACGAUUGAAGCCUUAUUUGGAAGUCAACUUCGAUGCAAUGAAGAUUGACAUCCCUUUAUUUGAUCCCGCCUGA